AUGGGUUUGCUCGCGACCGUCGCAGCGCCCCUAGACCGCCUCCUCCAGAAUCUGCCUGUGUACCAGACCGUCGUGCUGGGCUUCGUGGCCUUUCUCCUCCUCUCGGUCGUCCUCAAUGUCACCCGACAGCUACUGUUCAAAGACAAAAAUGCACCGCCCGAGGUUUUCUCCUGGUUUCCUCUGAUCGGCAGCACGAUAUGGUAUGGCAUGGAUCCAUUCGACUUCUUCUUCUCCUGCAAAGAGAAAUACGGCGAUGUCUUCACCUUCGUCCUGCUGGGGAGAAAAGUCACCGUCUGCCUGGGCACAAAGGGCAACGAAUUCAUCUUGAACGGCAAGUUGAAAGAUGUCAACGCCGAGGAAAUCUACACCGGCUUGACCACACCAGUGUUUGGAGAGGGAGUGGUGUAUGACUGCGAAAACGCAAAAUUGAUGGAACAGAAAAAGAUGGUCAAGUUCGGUCUUACGAUGGACGCUUUCAAGUCUUACGUCGACCUGAUCUCCUCGGAAACCAGGUUAUUCGUGGAAAACAACAAAUUGUUCAAGGGCGCAUCCGGCGCAAUUGACAUUGUCCCCGCCAUGGCCGAGCUGACCAUCUACACGGCAUCCCGGUCCCUACAAGGAAAAGAGGUACGGGCCAAGUUCGACUCGACUUUUGCGGACCUGUACCACGACCUGGACAUGGGCUUUGCACCCAUCAACUUCAUGCUUCCAUGGGCACCGCUGCCGCACAACCGCAAGCGAGACAUUGCUCAGCGCAAGAUGGCCGAGACGUACAUGGAGAUCAUCAGGGAGCGACGGGCCCAGGGUGGGAAGCGCGCAGGAGAUGAAGAAGACAUGAUUUGGAACCUGAUGAAUUGUGUAUACAAGGACGGCACGCCGGUACCCGACAAGGAAGUAGCGCACAUGAUGAUCGCGCUGCUCAUGGCCGGGCAGCAUUCCUCGUCGUCCACCUCGGCCUGGAUCCUGCUCCGACUCGCCACGAGACCCGACAUCCAGGAGGAGCUUCUCGAAGAGCAACGACGCGUGCUGGGCAAAGACCUCCCGCCCCUGACGUACGACGGUCUGCAAAAACUGACAUUCAACUCCAAGGUCGUCAAGGAGACGCUGCGCCUGCACGCCCCGAUCCACAGCAUCCUGCGCAAGGUCAAGUCGCCGCUGACCAUCGUAGCCGACACACCCACCGCGACCAAGACGUACAUGAUUCCCACAACGCACGCGCUGCUGUCGGCCCCGGGUGUCACGUCGAGAGAGUCGUCCUACUUUCCCGAGCCGCUGCUGUGGGAACCGCACCGCUGGGACGAAGGCCACCCGCUCGCCUACACGCAGAUGGGCAUGGAAAAGGAAGAGUUCGAAGACUACGGCUACGGCAUGAUCAGCAAGGGCGCCUCGUCGCCGUACCUACCCUUUGGUGCCGGCCGACACCGCUGCAUCGGCGAGCAGUUUGCCUAUGUUCAGCUGGGCACCGUGCUGGCCACGAUGGUUCGCCACGUCAAGUUCAGGCAGCCAGAGGGCAAGAGUCUCGUGCCUACAGAUUAUUCGAGUUUGUUUUCCAGACCCAUGGGUCCUGCUGUUGUUGAGUUUGAGAAGAGGUGA